AUGAUGAAGGGCUUGAUUAGUGCUCACGACAAGAAUAUUGAAACCAGCCCAGGGCAAUACCCGUCCUGCGACGAGUUGACGCAGAGUCGGCGAGUGUGUAUGCCGUCCUCAUUUGCCUGGUCGAUGCCCAAAGGAGUCGCACAGGAGGCUGUGCGAGAGAGACGGAUGCAGACCCGAGCCCCUCCGCCUGGGACCUACAAAGUCCCGAGCUUCUUUGAUGCUGUAGACCAGCAGCGGCAGGAGCAGCAUGGACAUCGUCGAAGGCGACCACUCGGAAGUGAAUGGAACAAUGAGUGGAAGACCAUGUUCAG